UUCGUCAAAGUAAUCGAAAAGUGAAGCAAGCGGAUUGACAACGUAGUAGCAAAUAAACGGAACAAUUUUAUAAGUUAUUUAGGUGUGAUAAUUGCAAAAAAAAAAGUUACAGCCAGUGUUUCGAAAAAAUUAUCAAAAUGCAGAUCUUCGUAAAAACUUUGACGGGAAAGACCAUCACCCUGGAGGUGGAGCCUUCCGAUACGAUCGAGAACGUGAAGGCCAAGAUCCAAGACAAGGAGGGAAUCCCUCCAGACCAGCAGCGUCUGAUCUUCGCCGGCAAGCAACUGGAAGAUGGUCGCACUCUCUCUGACUACAACAUCCAGAAGGAGUCGACCCUCCACUUGGUCCUCCGUCUGCGUGGUGGUAUGCAGAUCUUCGUGAAGACCCUGACGGGAAAGACCAUUACUCUGGAGGUGGAGCCUAGUGAUACCAUUGAGAACGUGAAGGCCAAGAUUCAGGACAAGGAGGGCAUUCCUCCAGACCAGCAGCGUCUGAUCUUUGCCGGCAAGCAACUGGAAGAUGGACGCACGUUGUCAGAUUACAACAUCCAGAAGGAAUCGACCCUCCACUUGGUCCUUCGUCUGCGUGGUGGUAUGCAGAUCUUCGUGAAGACCCUGACGGGAAAGACCAUUACUCUGGAGGUGGAGCCUUCCGAUACGAUCGAGAACGUCAAGGCCAAGAUCCAAGACAAGGAGGGAAUCCCUCCAGACCAGCAGCGUCUGAUCUUCGCCGGCAAGCAACUGGAAGAUGGUCGCACUCUCUCUGACUACAAUAUCCAGAAGGAGUCGACCCUCCACUUGGUCCUCCGUCUGCGUGGUGGUAUGCAGAUCUUCGUGAAGACCCUGACGGGAAAGACCAUUACUCUGGAGGUGGAGCCUAGUGAUACCAUUGAGAACGUGAAGGCCAAGAUUCAGGACAAGGAGGGCAUUCCUCCAGACCAGCAGCGUCUGAUCUUUGCCGGCAAGCAACUGGAAGAUGGACGCACGUUGUCAGAUUACAACAUCCAGAAGGAAUCGACCCUCCACUUGGUGCUUCGUCUGCGUGGUGGUAUGCAGAUCUUCGUGAAGACCCUGACGGGAAAGACCAUUACUCUGGAGGUGGAGCCUUCCGAUACGAUCGAGAACGUCAAGGCCAAGAUCCAAGACAAGGAGGGAAUCCCUCCAGACCAGCAGCGUCUGAUCUUCGCCGGCAAGCAACUGGAAGAUGGUCGCACUCUCUCUGACUACAAUAUCCAGAAGGAGUCGACCCUCCACUUGGUCCUCCGUCUGCGUGGUGGUAUGCAGAUCUUCGUGAAGACCCUGACGGGAAAGACCAUUACUCUGGAGGUGGAGCCUAGUGAUACCAUUGAGAACGUGAAGGCCAAGAUUCAGGACAAGGAGGGCAUUCCUCCAGACCAGCAGCGUCUGAUCUUUGCCGGCAAGCAACUGGAAGAUGGACGCACGUUGUCAGAUUACAACAUCCAGAAGGAAUCGACCCUCCACUUGGUGCUUCGUCUGCGUGGUGGUAUGCAGAUCUUCGUGAAGACCCUGACGGGAAAGACCAUUACUCUGGAGGUGGAGCCUUCCGAUACGAUCGAGAACGUCAAGGCCAAGAUCCAAGACAAGGAGGGAAUCCCUCCAGACCAGCAGCGUCUGAUCUUCGCCGGCAAGCAACUGGAAGAUGGUCGCACUCUCUCUGACUACAAUAUCCAGAAAGAAUCAACCCUCCACUUGGUCCUUCGUCUGCGUGGUGGUAUGCAGAUCUUCGUGAAGACCCUGACGGGAAAGACCAUUACUCUGGAGGUGGAGCCUUCCGAUACGAUCGAGAACGUCAAGGCCAAGAUCCAAGACAAGGAGGGAAUCCCUCCAGACCAGCAGCGUCUGAUCUUCGCCGGCAAGCAACUGGAAGAUGGUCGCACUCUCUCUGACUACAAUAUCCAGAAAGAAUCGACCCUCCACUUGGUCCUUCGUCUGCGUGGUGGUAUGCAGAUCUUCGUAAAGACCCUGACGGGAAAGACCAUUACUCUGGAGGUGGAGCCUUCCGAUACGAUCGAGAACGUCAAGGCCAAGAUCCAAGACAAGGAGGGAAUCCCUCCAGACCAGCAGCGUCUGAUCUUUGCUGGUAAGCAGCUGGAAGAUGGACGCACGUUGUCGGAUUACAAUAUCCAGAAGGAAUCGACGCUUCACUUGGUCCUCCGUCUGCGUGGUGGUAUGCAGAUCUUCGUAAAGACCCUGACGGGAAAGACCAUUACUCUGGAGGUGGAGCCUAGUGAUACAAUUGAGAACGUGAAGGCCAAGAUUCAAGACAAGGAGGGAAUCCCUCCAGACCAGCAGCGUCUGAUCUUCGCCGGUAAGCAGUUGGAAGAUGGACGCACGUUGUCGGAUUACAAUAUCCAGAAGGAAUCGACUCUUCACUUGGUCCUCCGUCUUCGUGGAGGUAUGCAGAUCUUCGUGAAGACCCUGACGGGAAAGACCAUUACCCUCGAGGUGGAGCCCAGUGAUACCAUUGAGAAUGUGAAGGCCAAGAUUCAGGACAAGGAGGGCAUCCCUCCAGACCAGCAGCGUCUGAUCUUCGCCGGCAAGCAGCUGGAAGAUGGUCGCACCUUGUCGGAUUACAAUAUACAGAAGGAGUCGACCCUCCACUUGGUGCUCCGUCUGCGUGGCGGCGGCGCAGCUUAGUUUAAGUAGAAAAGCAAAUACAAAUCAAAUGGGCAUUAUUAAUUAUCGAACACUGAAAAUCAAGCUACAGAGUUGCCAAAUUUUUUAAUUUCUGCAAAAUAACACUGGACCUAAAGUAAAAAUUCCAAAUUUACAAGUUCAAGCAUUGAGCCGAUUUUACUGUGA